CGGUACUCUUCUUCUUCUUCUUCUUCUUCUUCUUUCAUCAUCAUCAUAUUCAUUCCUCGUUCCUCAUUUCUCGCUUCCCCCCUCUCUCUGUCAAUUCUCUCCAAAACCCUAGCAAUGGUGACCACUACGGGGCUCCAGGAGGUGGAUCCGAGGGUCUGGAAGGCCGCCGCCGGGGCCGGAGUUCAAGUCCCUGCCGUCGAUUCUAGGGUUUACUACUUCCCGCAAGGCCACGCGGAGCAGUGCUCGUCUCCUCCACUGCUGUCGCCUCUCAUCACAUCACGGCCGUUGAUCCACUGCCGCAUCGCCGCCAUCCACUUCCUCGCCAAUCCCGUGACCGAUGAGGUCUUCGCCAAGAUCCGCCUCGUCCCGACCGACCGACUGCAUGACAUCCAGAGGAAACCGUCUUGUGGUGGCGGCGACGUGGAUGGAGACGAUCGAGAGGAGGUGGUAUCGUUCGCGAAGGUACUGACGACGUCCGAUGCGAACAAUGGGGGAGGAUUCUCGGUGCCGAGGUUCUGCGCAGACUCGAUAUUUCCGCCUCUGAACUACGCGGCCGACCCGCCGGUGCAGACGCUGACGGUUCGAGAUUUGCACGGCACGGCCUGGGAGUUCCGGCAUAUAUACCGGGGCACGCCGCGUCGGCACUUGCUGACUACUGGUUGGAGCAAGUUUGUGAAUUACAAGCAUUUGGUUUCCGGCGAUUCGGUGGUGUUUAUGAGGAAGCGGCGGAGCGGAGAGCUUUCAGUCGGGGUGCGGAGAACGGUGCGGUCGAAUGCUGGUUCAGGCGGCAGGUGGAAUUCUCCAGUGGGCCCCGUGACAGUGAGCUCCGAGGAAAAUGACGGUGUUGCAGGGAAGAAAGAGUUUUCCAGGAGCGGGAGCGGGAGGGUUACUCCGGAAUCGAUGGUGGAGGCUGCUGAGUUGGCGGCGCAGAGCAUGGCAUUUGAAAUUGUGUAUUACCCGAGGUUUGGGUCGGCGGACUUUGUGGUGAAGGCCGAGACUGUGGAGGAGUCUCUCAACGUGUCGUGGGGACCAGGGAUGAGGGUGAAGAUGGCAAUGGAGACUGAAGAGCCGGCAAGGAUGAAUUGGUUUCAGGGAACGGUUUCAUCGGUUUUGGUCCCGGAGAACGGUCCAUGGCGAAGCUCCCCGUGGCGGAUGCUUCAGGUUAUGUGGGAUGAACCUGCAGUUCUACAGAAUGCAAAGAGAGUGAGCCCUUGGCAAGUUGAAUAUAUUGAUCCCACACCACUUGUCUUUCGUUCAGCAAAGAAAUUCAAAGUUUCUUCAAGUUCUGAAUUGCCAAUGUAUGGAGAGGGAGACAUCUUCUUUCCAAUCACAGGACUAAGUGAUUCAUUGAUAGGGAAUCUGAACCCAUCAUCGAUGAAUUACAAUUCCUUUCCUGCUGGCAUGCAGGGAGCCAGGCAAGCAUCGUGCAUAACCAAUUUACCCAAUUUCAUAAGUGAAAAUACCCAUCAGAUGUGCAGUGAUAGAUUCUUUGGCAACAGCAUGACACCAAAGUUGAAAUCUGUGUCUACUGAUCUAAAUAUCGGCAGUUCACUGUCUGACAAUUUAUCACCUGAUAGUCAGAGCAGUGUGCAUUUCUUUGGCAGUGAACUAGCUGAAAAACAGGGAUGCAACUCAAUGAAACUUGGUUUGGGUUCAUUCCAGUUGUUUGGUAAGAUAAUCCAUUUGAAAGAUCCUGUGGAGAGUGGCGUUUAUCAUGUUGAUGGCCCAGAAGAUAAUGGCAGCAAAAUGUUCGAAGAAGCUGAAGGUGUUAAAUAUUCACUGGAUCUUUCUUUGACAUGCCCUUUCACAGAACUAGUUGAUGGCCAAUGCCAAAGAGCCUCAACUGUUGAAGCAUGUUCUUUGUGAAUGAGGGGCCUUGUUGACCUUAUGCAAUUAGAAGCUGUACAGUAGCCUUCGGAAGUUGAUCCAAACUUCUGUGCCUUGAUUACCAGCCAAGGCAGCCAUGUGCUUUACAAGUAGGAGCACUAACUACAUAAGGUACUUAGGCGUGCAGCAGCAGGAAGCUGGGCUGUGAUCGAAUCUUUUAUUUCUUGUCUAUGUUGGUUUGCUUAAUUUCCUAUAUCAGAGAUUCAAGACUAUUAUAGACCUGGAUUAUUAGCGUCUUGAUCAACAUGUACAUUUACAAAGGAUCUUUUACUUAAUGUAGUAGAUUUUGAUAUUCGCUAUUUGUUGAAUAGUGUGGUGAAAAUGAUUUCUUGUUUCCUAAAUAUAACUAGAUAAGCAAGCAACACCAUUACAUUUACGAUAGAGGAGGACAGUUGAAUUCGAGUAUAAACUCUUUGUUUCUUGAGCAUUCUGAGCUAGGACCUUAGUUCUUGGUUUAGUAGAGAUGAAACUUUGAAGCAAGGGAGGAGUCAGUAGCACUUUGCAUGGAAGGUUGGUUUGUAUGUUAUCACCUGGAUGGUUAUUCAAUUGUGUUUUUAGCCCACACACUGUUUCUGCUUUGAGGUUUGCCGAAAACAUUGUUUCAGCAGGCAUUUGUAUCCUGGAAUGGGGUCCCGCCUUUGUUUUGGAUUCUUCUACAGGUUCAAUGGUCACACAUUUUCAUCCUUUGCCUGUGGUAGGCUCUUUAAGAUGGUUCCAUAUUAUGCAUAUAGAGGCCCUGCCUCUUACUGAUCGGUCUUUUGGGAUAAGAAACAAUUUUUUUUUUUUUUUUUUCCUGUAAGUAAGAAUUCAUUGAAAAAAAAAAUCUCAAGUAGUCUACAUCUUUAGAUAGGGUAACUUCAAGCAUCACAAAAUAAAAAUAAAAAUAAAAAUAAAAAUAA